GCGCCCGGGGUUGCUGGCGAGCGCAGAGCCAAGGAGGCGGGGAGGCGGUGGCCGCGCUCGCUUGCCCGCCCGCUCGCUUCCCGGCGCCGCUGCGGGUCCGCCGCUGCGCUUCCUGCUCGCCGGCCGCCGGGCUGCGCUUCGCCGGGGCAGCCGCGCGCCCGCCGCGUCCCAGCCCGCUCGGGGAGCCUUGCGCACCGCGGACACCGCGCCGAGGGCGAGCCGGCGCCUCACCUGUGGAGCCGGCGGCGUCGGGGUGCCGCCUGGGGUCCCCUCGCGUGCGGGCCGAGGGCCACCCGGGCCCUGGGGGAGGCGCGCCCCCCGGCUGGGCGCCGCGGGCACCAUGGGUCUCCCCGCGCUCGAAUUCAGCGACUGCUGCCUCGACAGCCCGCACUUCCGAGAGACGCUCAAGUCGCACGAAGCGGAGCUGGACAAGACGAAUAAAUUUAUCAAGGAGCUCAUCAAGGACGGGAAGUCACUCAUCACCGCGCUCAAGAAUUUGUCUUCGGCCAAGAGAAAAUUUGCAGAUUCCUUAAAUGAAUUUAAAUUUCAAUGCAUAGGUGAUGCCGAAACAGAUGAUGAAAUGUGUAUAGCAAGGUCUUUGCAGGAGUUUGCCACUGUUCUCAGGAAUCUUGAAGAUGAACGGAUACGGAUGAUUGAGAAUGCCAGUGAGGUGCUUAUCACUCCUUUGGAGAAGUUUCGGAAGGAGCAGAUUGGGGCUGCCAAGGAAGCCAAAAAGAAAUAUGACAAGGAAACAGAGAAGUAUUGUGGUACCUUAGACAAGCACUUGAAUCUGUCUUCUAAAAAGAAGGAAUCUCAGCUUCAGGAGGCGGACAACCAAGUGGACCUGGUCCGGCAGCGUUUCUAUGAAGUUUCCCUGGAAUAUGUCUUCAAGGUGCAAGAAGUGCAAGAGAGAAAAAUGUUUGAGUUUGUGGAGCCUCUACUGGCAUUUUUGCAAGGACUCUUCACUUUCUAUCACCAUGGUUAUGAACUGGCCAAGGACUUCGGUGACUUCAAGACACAGUUGACAAUUAGCAUACAGAAUACAAGAAAUCGCUUUGAAGGCACCAGGUCAGAAGUGGAAUCACUAAUGAAGAAGAUGAAGGAGAAUCCACUGGAGCAUAAGACCAUCAGUCCUUACACCAUGGAAGGGUACCUGUACGUUCAGGAGAAACGUCACUUUGGAACUUCUUGGGUGAAGCACUACUGUACAUAUCAGCGGGAUUCCAAGCAAAUCACCAUGGUACCAUUUGACCAAAAGUCAGGAGGAAAGGGGGGAGAAGAUGAGUCAGUCACCCUGAAAUCCUGCACACGGCGGAAAACAGACUCUAUUGAGAAGAGGUUUUGCUUUGACGUAGAAGCAGUGGACAGGCCAGGGGUUAUCACCAUGCAGGCGAUGUCGGAAGAGGACCGGAGGCUCUGGAUGGAAGCCAUGGAUGGCCGGGAACCUGUCUACAACUCGAACAAAGACAGUCAGAGUGAAGGGUCUGCACAGUUGGACAGCAUUGGCUUCAGCAUAAUCAGGAAAUGCAUCCACGCUGUGGAAACCAGAGGGAUCAAUGAACAAGGGCUCUACCGAAUUGUGGGGGUCAAUUCCAGAGUGCAGAAGCUGCUGAGUGUUCUGAUGGACCCCAAAACAGCUUCUGAAACAGAAACGGAUAUCUGUGCCGAAUGGGAGAUAAAGACCAUUACUAGUGCUUUGAAGACCUACCUAAGAAUGCUUCCAGGACCACUCAUGAUGUACCAGUUUCAAAGAAGUUUCAUCAAAGCAGCAAAGCUGGAGAACCAGGAAUCUCGGGUCUCGGAAAUCCACAGCCUUGUUCAUCGCCUCCCAGAGAAAAAUAGGCAGAUGUUACAGCUGCUCAUGAACCACUUAGCAAAUGUUGCUAACAACCACAAGCAGAAUCUGAUGACAGUUGCAAACCUUGGUGUGGUGUUUGGACCUACCCUCCUGCGGCCUCAGGAAGAAACAGUAGCAGCCAUCAUGGAUAUCAAAUUUCAGAACAUUGUCAUUGAAAUCCUCAUAGAAAAUCACGAAAAGAUAUUUAACACCGUGCCUGAUGUGCCUCUCACCAAUGCCCAGCUGCACCUGUCCCGGAAGAAGAGCAGUGACUCCAAGCCUCCAUCCUGCAGUGAGAGGCCCCUGACGCUCUUCCAUGCUGUGCAGUCCACGGAGAAACAGGAACAAAGAAACAGCAUCAUCAACUCCAGUUCAGAAUCUGUUGUCUCAUCAAAUACAAACAGCAUCCUUAAUUCCAACAACAGCUUACAGCCCAACGUGAACUCCAGCGACCCCGACCUGGACGUGCUCAAGCCCACUCGGCCCAACUCACUCCCCCCGAAUCCAAGCCCAACUUCACCCCUCUCGCCAUCUUGGCCCAUGUUCUCGGCGCCAUCCAGCCCUAUGCCCACCUCAUCCACGUCAAGCGACUCAUCCCCCAUCAGCACACCGUUCCGGAAGGCCAAAGCCUUGUAUGCCUGCAAAGCUGAACACGACUCAGAACUCUCAUUCACAGCAGGCACAGUCUUCGAUAAUGUUCAUCCAUCUCAAGAGCCUGGCUGGUUGGAGGGGACUCUGAACGGAAAGACGGGCCUCAUCCCUGAGAACUACGUGGAGUACUUCUAACCAUGGGCCCCAGCAGAACUGCUGAGCUUUCCGUGGUAUCCAUGACAACUGCUGAUUCCAGUGUUGGAGGCCACUUCUCUUUGCCACUGAGAAAUGGAGGGUGACUGACUCUGCUGCUCCCUGUCAAUACGAAUGUUUCUGUGAAUGCUAGUGUCACCCAGCCCCACGAUCAUCUCAGCUGACAUGCGGUGACGCUGCCAGAAUCAGAAGUAAAUCAGCAGAAGGCCAUUUGAUGUUGAUAACAGAGAGAAAUGUUUGCAAAACCAUUUCUCUCACUUAGCACCUGAACUCGGAGCGUUCAUUUUGUCUCAGUAGUCAUCCAAACCCCCAACCUUCUGAAAAAGGAAGUGAGAUACAAGUAGUCCCUAAGAACUUGCAGUGUGGCUGAGUCUGACAGGGCUGGGCAGUCGCUCUCAGACCUACGCUGGGCCCACUGCUCUUGUUUACAGUAGACACUCUCUCUACCCCACCUCUAAAUACUUGAGACCCACAGCACUACCGAUGAUGGGCCUAUUUGUUUGCAUGCAGGAUGGAGAGGGGUUACAGCACUGUUUACAUAAGAUCCAAUCUCUCACCAUCUCUGAAGCAGCCGUUGGCCCAGCAUCAGCAGAAUUCAGUCCAGUCCUCUCAUGCAAGGGAACACACACACCCCACGUUCCCCCCUCCCAAGCUAGGAACUUCUCUGCCACUAAGGGCUGCUGUCACCUAGUAACCAUGGCAACUCAACCUACUCUAAAACCAAAC